GCGCCGGCAGCCGACGGAGAAGGACGGUGUAGGGCGUACCGGGACGCUGCGUUGUCGUGUUCGCACUGAAAAGGUUAAAUGGUAAUCUAAACCGACCAUGUACAACCUGAACGUGAACGUGAAUCCUAGUCCACCGGCUGCCGCGGGUCUUCUCGGUGUCGCGGCGGCCGAGGUCACACCAAGGACACCGGAAAUCGUAAACUCCCUAAUCGCCAUGACCAAUCCCUUCGAGGGUUACACGAACGAGAGGAGCAGGGACCGUACGGAUUCGACUAGCAGCGGUGAGCCGAGCCCACCGAGUGUUCAGCACACCUGUAGUCAGCUCAUUAAAGAAGGAUUGAAGUUGACGCUGCAGACGAAGAGGCGAGCCAACGGAACCGGGGAAGACCCGAAGAAGAGGACGAAGAAAGAAGAUGGGAGCGCGGACGACGAAGAGGAAGAAGAGGCAAGCAACAACAAUAACCGCGGUGGAUUGACGCCAGAAGAUGAAGAAAGGCGCAGAAGAAGACGCGAGCGGAACAAGAUAGCCGCGACAAAGUGUCGGUUGAAGAAACGCGAGAAGACAACCACCUUGGUGCAAGAGUCAGAGAUCCUUGAGACGCAGAACCACGACCUGAAGUCGCAGAUCCAAGAGCUGGAGACGCAAAGGCGCAGGCUGGUAGACAUGCUGAGUCUUCAUGGACCGACCUGCUUGAAACAGGGAGGAACAGAGAGCACGUAUCAACAAUUCACAGAGCCUUUACAGCUGCCAAGUUACCAGGAAAAUUUCGUACCACCUCCACCAGCGUUGAAUCAGCCUCAAAACUGCGUGACGGAGUACCCGGUGAAGGUGGAGGAGUACGAGGGUGACUUUUAUAGACAAGAAAGCCCCUUCGUGCCCACCACAGACGCUGGUUGUACGGUUUAGUAGCUUUAGCGACGUUGCAACAACGUCUACCCCCGCUAUUCUGAGGAGCAACCUCUGUGAAGAUCCGGUUUACCAAUAUGGAGAAAUUCUGAGGAGGAUCGAACAUCGUCUGAUGGUGAAAGAACAGUCGUAUGCAUUCCAAGAAGACACAAGAAAGCGGGAACACCUAUGUUUGUUGAUUGGUGGACACGUCGUCAGGAAGACGAUUUGGACGAUUUGCCUCUUCUUUGACGCUUCCGGUGAACCGAAUCUCCUGGAUCUCCCUUUUCUGUUAAUUGCAAGUCUGUAGCUCGUAAGUUGAUUAUUAUAAUAG